AUGCCACCAUCAACUACAAAUUCAAGCAUUAAUGCAACAGAAUUAAGUAGACCUGAUAUAGCUAUUAGUUAUGUAGGUCGUUUUUGGCUUUUUCUUAUAUCAACUCCUUUAUCGAUUGUGUGUUCAUUGUUUGUUCUUUUUCAUCUUCUAUCUGAUCGAACUCUUCGUCAUGUAUUACACAAUCAUGUAAUAAUAGUUCUCUUAUUCAUGUGUCUUAUAUGGGCAAUGACUGUUGCUCCUGCUACGAUGCAUGUUUAUUUAUUCAAUAUAGUUUGGUCACAAACUCCAAUAUUUUGUAUCAUUUGGAAGUUUCUUGAUUCUUGUAUUUAUUCAUCAAUAGCUAAAUUGGUAGCAUGGGCUUCAAUUGAACGACAUAUUAUUAUAUUUCAUAACAAAUGGGUAUCAACAAAAAAGAAACGUCUCUUUUCCCAUUAUAUUCCAUUAUUACUAAUUGUUAUGUAUGAUGUAAUUUGUUAUGCAAUAAUAACUCCAAUAAAUGAUUGUAAUAGAAAAUUCUCUUAUUCAAUACCAUUUUGUGGUUAUUCUAGUUGUGUGUAUAAUAGUGUCUCAUUUAUUCAUUUUGAGUCUGUUACUGGUGGUUUUUUACCAUCAUUGUUUAUUGGAUUUGGUAGCUUUUUGCUUGUCUUACGUACUAUUUGUCAGAAACGUCGUUUUCAUCAACAAGUUCAAUGGAAAAAACAUCGUAAAAUGACAAUUCAACUAUUAGCUAUUACAUCUCUUUUUUAUAUUCUAUAUUUACCCCCAAUUAUUUUAUCAACUGCUAAGCUAUUUGGAGUUCCAUCUUAUAUGGGAUCGGAUUACAAUCUUUAUGCACAAUUCUUUAGAAAUUAUAUUAUAUUUUUAUUGCCAUUUACAUGCCUUGGUACAUUAUCUAAAGUUCGAAGUCGAAUAAAAAAAAUGUUUCAAUGUUGUUAUCGACGACAAAGACGUGCUAUUAUUCCUCAAGGCAUAUAUAUGAAAACUACAAAGAAUAAUGACACAUUCCAACUGAAAAAUGAUAUUCAUAAGACAUAA